CGAUCCAGGUCAUUGUUCGCUAUCCUCUCGUGCCGUGAACAUCGUCGGAGUGUGGCUCUCGGUUUUAACUGCUAUUACAAGAAAUUUUAAAGCUUUUUCAAAGUGAACCAAUCUGGUUUAUUCUUCACUAAAGGAGAAUUAUUUGUGCAUUAAUAAACUAAUUUUGAACUUUUGAGCUCGUGUGUGUGUUCUAAACUUUCACCAUCAUGUCUGACGCCACCAAGCCAGUUGAGAAGACCCAAGACGGAACCGAAAACGAGGGCGACGCUCCGAAAACCGACAACGAGCACCAACGCAAGAUCAACGUUGGAAAUUUGCCCUCGGACAUCACCGAGCAGCAGCUGCGUGACCACUUCAGCGGUUACGAGAUUGAGCGCGUCGACAUCUACCACUACCGGAAGUACACGCUUGCGCUUUUGCUGUUCAAGGAGAAGGAUGCCGCUGCCAAGGCCGUCGAAGAGAAAGAACACUCGACGUUGCGUGGUCGCCGUAUUCGCGUCCACCUGGAGUACAUGACCAUCCGUCACAUUAAGCGCGAAGUGAUUGUGACCGUGCUGGACGAUGAAAACACGACUGAGGAUCAGCUGUGGGACAAGAUUAAGGCCGCUGGCGUCGAAGUGACUUCCGUGCUGGUCUUCUACCCGCUGGGAUACGUCGCGUUGGACAAGGAGGCCGACAAGCCGGCCAUUCUUGAGAAGCUGACUGCUGCGGGCUUCAAUGCGCAUGACGUGAACCAACGGGACCAGAACCAGCAUCUUGACAUCUGGCGUGCGGCCAAGCUGUUCUUCCGCAAUCGCAAUCGCGUCCAGCUGCUGAACAUUCCCACCAAGUGGAUUGAGGAUAAGGAGGAAAUGAAGAAGCAGUGCGCCGAAGGAGGCGUCAUCACCGAGGCCGUCUCGAACAACGUCAACCAGAGUUCUUCCAACUACGCACGCGUGUUUUACGAAACUGAGGAGCAGGCCAUCAAGGCUGCUGCUUCGCUGAACGGACGCAUCGUCGAAGGCAAGCGCAUCCACGCUCUGCACCUGGGCUCGGCCCUCAUCCCCAACUACAAGACGUCGGUGUACGUUACGUCGCUGGAGAAGACCGUAACCGAGGAGAACGUGUACGACCACUUCAAGCAGUUUGGAGAGAUUGAGUUUGUGAACCGACGCAACUGCAACGAUGCUGCCAUCGUGUGUUUCAAAUCGGCCGACUCGGUCGAGAAGGCUAUCGCCUGCACCAAACUCCCGGCUCCGACCGAGGCUGACAAGGACGCUACCACCGAAAUCACGGUGAAGAAGUACGACGGACCUCUGCUGCUGCGUACUUUGGCCAUGAAGCGUAAGCUGAAGACGAACGAAGAUGGUACCCCGGCCGACCCGGAGGAAAAGACCAAGGAAAUGGCGGAUGUACUGAAGAAGCUGCAAGCAUACCAUCCCGUUUUCGUCGGCAACGUUCCGCUUAACUGCCCGCCGCUCGAGCUCAAGCGGUACUUUGCCCAGCAUGGUCCGAUCAAGUUCAUGUUCUCGCCGCAAAUCGUGACGUACCAGACGAGCGCGCCGCACCCGGUCAAGACCUUUAUUAUCUACUACAACUUCCGCCCGAGUGCGCUCAACGCCUGCAAGUUCUUGGACCACAAGUUCUUCGGUGGCCAUCGUCUGCACGUUCUUCCGCUGCGUGGGGAGCUGAACUUUGACGUGAAGAAGACCGUCAAGAUCACCAAGAUUCCCUACCUGUCCGAAGAUGCGCUGUUCAAGAAGGUCAAGCCGUACGUCGGCAAGAUCAACCGCAUCGUAAAGAAGACCCGCGUGGCUGCGUACAUCGAGCUGAACGAUCUGGCCGACGUUGACAAGUUCAUGGACGUCGACGCCGCCGAUCACCCGUUGAACAAGGCCAAGAUGGAACCAAUCUCGGCCAACACGAGCGUGCGUCUGUACGACGAGAACGACACGCGCGUGCUCCGUGGCAUCGCCAAGAUCAUCGCCAAGAAUCCGGACAUGCUGAAGAAGGUCGCGCCAGGCCAGCUGAACAAACGCCCGCGGCUGAACGGACCCGGUACAUUUAACCAAGGCCCUGUUGGCUUCAAUCCUUCAAACAAUAUGAACAAUCCCCAAGCGAUCCAAGAUUUGUUGCGUCUUGCGUUUAUGUCUGGCAAGAACGUAGGCGAGAGUUUGGCCACUGGCCAGGGCUCGUUCAAUGCUCCCGAUCCACCACUGGCCAAUUCGAACAAUUUCGGCGAUGGUGGCUUCCGGGGCAAUAAUAACCGGGGUGGCAAUAAUCAGAUGGGCGGCGGACAGUCCAACUUCCGGCCGAAUAACCGCAACAACAUGAACAACCAGAACAACCAAAAUCGGCCCAACAAUAAUUUUAACAAUGCUGGCGGAAAUAACUUCCAAGGAAAUGCACAGAAUGCAAACCGUGGAAACAACCAGGGCAAUGCGAACAACCGCAACCCAAGUCAGAACCGUGUGCAGGGUCAAGGUCAGGGACAGGGGGGCGUUCAGCAAAACCGUAACGUUACUCAGCAGCAGCAAAACAAGCCCAACGUUCAAGGUGGGGGCAAUCUCAAUCUGGGCCAAAACCGACCGCAGAAUCAGCAGGGGGGCAACAACGUGAAUGUCCGCAACAACAGUCAGACGCGUAACCAGAACCAGGGCAAUCGUAACAACAACAACUUUGCCUCGGACGACAACUCCUUUGGCUCCGGUGGAGGCGGUGGCAAUUAUAAUGCCCGCUCCAACAACAAUUUUUCAAACAAUGACUUUUCCAACGACUCUUUUGGAAACUCCAACGAUGGAGGAAAUUCUUUCGGAAACCAGCGCAACUUUAACAACCGACAAAAUCAAAGUGACUCUUUUGGUGGAAACUCCUUCGGGGGUGGAAACAACCGAUUCCAAAACAAUGACAAUGGUGGAAAUAACUCGUUUGGUAACAACGGUGGCAAUUUCAACAACCGUAACAACCGUUUCGCUGAUAAUAAUGAUAACAGUGACAAUGUCGGAGGAAAUGGGGGUGGUUUUAACAAUCAGAAGAAUUUCCAGCGUAAGCAAUUUGGCGGAAAUAACAACCAGGGUGGUGGUGGCAUGUCCUUUGGCGAGUUUAACUCGAACUCGAACCGCAACAACUUUGGCGGAAACGGAAAUGGAGGAGGUGGUUUUAACAAGUGGAACAACAACUCCAACAAUUCCGGACAGUCCAACAACAAUCAAAAUCAGUCCGGUGGUCGCCUCGCUGGCACGAUCUUUAGCCGCCGUUUCUAAGUGUCGCCACCCCACCACCCACCAACGAGACAUUUAAUAACUUAUUUUCUUCUUUUUUACAAGAAAAGUAUCUUGUAUAUAUGUAGUAGAGUGUCACAGCUUUCUCUGUGUGACUCAGGCCCCGUUAGGAGGAGAAAAAUAAGGAGAUUUGUGUGUGCGAGAGAGAAUUUUAGACAUAGGAAGAACAAACUAAUGUAAACUUAUUUUAAGAGUUCAUUUGCUUAAAACAAAAAUAACAAAACGUACGAAAGCGAGAGAGACCUUUAAUUUAUCCUGAUUGAUUUUUUUGUCCAUAUUUUUAAUUUGAAAGACAGAUUUAAAUCUCAUUAAAUUGAUCGUCGUACCCCCCCGCAAAGCACAGCAGUGCGUCAUCAGCACAGCAAAGAAAAUAAAAUAGAUAUUAGGAACGUUAACUUGUAAUCACACAUUAACAUAAAAUAUAACAGAAGCGUUCGAUUCUUUCGCAAGGUCGGAUACAGUGAAUAAAUUAUGUUUUUAAUUUGAUCUGCAAACGCAACGAUGUCUUUACAGUUUAAUGUUUUUGACAAGCUAUGAAUAAAAAUGAUAAACAAAAAAACAAACAAACCAAUAGAUGCAGCUCACGUACAGUUUCUUGAUGUGAUGUCACACACACUCACACAAUUUGUCUCUUAAAAUAAAAGAUAAAAAAGUACUCUUUCUCGCUACUAGAUGGCGACAUGCCCCUGCUGCUGAUAAAAUUAAAUAAUGACAAACGUACCCGCUAAAUAGUUCACGUAGUUGAAUUAAAUAGUAAACAUCGCAUCGCAUUUAUGCGCGGUGAACUUAUAAUAGGCCCAACUGAAGAAAAAAAAAA